AUGGAUGACGCUCUUGUCCUCUGUGUUGCUGUUGCGGUUGCCAUCGAAGCCGUCUUCUCGUCGACCAAUGGCCGUAGCUACCGCUCCCCCAUUACAAACCACUUUGUCUGGGAGCUUGUCCGCGAAGGGUUUGAAGAGCACGGUUUUCCGAAUGCGUACGGCGCCAUCGAUGGCAGCCUCAUUCAGGUGAAGCGUUUUGACGACUUCUAUGGUUGGUACUGCCGCAAGGGCUUUCCUGCGUUCAACAUGCAGGCCGUUGUUGAUCACCGGAUGCGUUUUAUGUCCUACUCGUUGCGUUCCGGCAGCCAGAACGACAAGGCUCUCUUCAACGACUCAGCAUUUGGGCAAUCGUGCCACACGAAGGUUCCCCCCGGCGGUUGCUUUUUGGGCGACGCUGGCUACAAGCUCUUCGCACAUGUAAUUACUCCGUACUCUAUCGUCUCGCACAUGGAUCCAAAAGAAGCCAACUACAACCUGGUCGUUGAACGUGCUUUCGGUCGCUGGAAGAACAAGUUUCGUAUCUUCAAGCACGAAUUGCUGCAUCAUUGCCCACAAGACAUGGCAAGAUUGAUCGAGGUAUCUUUAGUCCUACACAACUGGUAUAUUGACUAUGACGACGAUUUUGUGGCCCCGGUGGAACCCGAGAUCUAUCCACGGUGGAUGCACAUCGGCGGUGAUCUUGUCAACGUCGAUGAAUUAUACCAAGUCGAUGGCGCUGCAGCCAAGCGUGCUCGUGACACAAUCAAGAACUAUCUCCACGCAUUGUUGUAG